AUAAUAUAUAACACACAGAAAAUAUGUUUUAAUGUAAUUAUAUUUCAUUUUAUUUUAUUGAAAGCAUAUAUUUGCACAGCAGUGAGGUGUUACUGUUGAGGUAAAAUAAUCAAUAAAUUGGUUCUCUGGUUUAGAUGGCAGCAGAGCACUGUUUUGGUUUAGUGUCUUUUAAAAAUUAAUUGCCAUUUAUUGUGGAAUUUCAUUUGUUCUAAUGAAAUAAAGAAUUAUUGUUUAUGUUAUUUAAUAUGUUAUGUGAUACUUAAUACUGUUCAUGAGAACAAUUAUAUAAUAAAACAUCUAGUACUACAUUCAAUGAUAACACUUCAAAAUGGAAAUAAAAUGUACAAGACAAUUUGUCUAUUUACAAAAUAGAUUUGUCAGCAGUGAUUAUUAAGUAAAGCACAAUGUUAUCUAAACACUGUAUGUAAGUACAUAAUAAUUAAAUAACAUGGAGACACAAGAAGAUUGUACAAUUCGCAGAGGUCAACCUAUUCGAAGAGGACAUACAUCAUCUUCAAUGAUGAUGAACCAAUCACAAUAUUUAAAUAUUGGAAGAUCUACCAUUCGAAUAGCUGUAUAUUUAAUGACAGAAGUUUUUUUAACAAUGGACAUUGAACAAAAUUCCACUGCCCAUCAAAUUCUAACAAUGAUACAGUCUGAAGCAGAAUUAGGAUUAGCAAGAACUCCAUUGCCUACUGGUCAAACAGUGUUUGCUUUGUGGCUCUGUUCAUCAAAACUUGAAGUUCAAUUACGACCAAAUCAUAAGCCUAUCGAAUUAGCAACAAAGUGGAAUCAUUUAGUGAAAAAGUACAGUUCUGAAAGGGAAGAUACCGAUGAAGAACCUUUAUUGUGUCUUAGACGAAAUGUAUUUCUUUCUCGGGCAGAUGAGGAGCAAAUAAAAGAAGCCAAAGUAUUGGAAUUAUUAUAUGCAGAAGCUAGAAAUAAUGUUCUACAAGGACGUUAUCCAUGCGAAGGUCAAGCACGGUACGCCAGCUUGGGAGCUUUGCAAGCACGCAUUGAACUAGGACCAUACAAUCCACAAAAUCAUACAUUAGCAUUUUUCAGACGACAUCGUGGUCGAUUUUUACCGCAUCAUUAUACUUCUCCUAGCCUGUUAUUAGGGCUAGGUCUUGGAUUAGGUUUGGUAGGAGGAAAAGGAGCUCCUGAGGCACGUCUUCUUGAACAAUACAAACGAAUACCUAAUCACACAGGAACUAAUACAAAUUCAAGGAAACUUAUUAGAAAAUAUCUAGAGUUUUGUUGGAGUUUGCCUUGUUAUGGUGCAGCUUUCUUUCAGGGACAGAUUGAACGUCCUGUAAGAGGUCUCGCGUCAUGGAUUACAAAUCGUGAUAUGCAUGUUCUUAUAGCCAUUAAUUCAUCGGGUAUAUACAUUGUUGAUGAUAUGCAAUGUAGUUUAUUAUUAGGUCUGCGGUAUUCAGAGGUGAGUUGGGAAAUGGCGAAGCCAUCCGACGAAGGUAAUUUAGACUGCCUGCCUUGUUUAUUUUUACAAUUUCCUGUUCGAGAGAAUGGAGCACGCGUUUAUAAAAUACUACAAGUAUUCUCGAGACAAGCAAUAAUGAUGGAUACGUUAAUUUCUGGUUUUGCCGAGGAACAUCGCCGCCACGGAGCUAAUGGCGAUGUGGCAAAUACUGAUCGUUUAAUGGAUCACUCGAUAGGUUCGACUACCGGAAGUUUUACGAAUAAACUUAGCAAAUUUACAUUGGCUACUUUUGACGAUGAAGGUAAUAUUUCAGAAGUUAGAAAUAUAUUUAAAAUUCAGGAAGUUUGUAUCUAAUAUUCUUUUUAGGUAGAUGCAUCGGACAAAUGGGUUCUUGGUCUUUUCAAUAGCGAUAAGACAAAUGGUCUUAUCUAUUUGUUUCAUUCAAGAUCU